AUGAAUGUGACUGUUGCUGAAGAGAGAGUGAAUGCUUUGCUAUCUUACGUGGAAACUUGGGUAACUGACGCGCUGGAGCACCUUGUGAUCUCAAUUAUCCUCUAUGUCAUUGUCUGUCUGUGUCUCUACCGAUGGAUCUUCCGACCCCUGACACCCACACUUCGUUCCCAGCGCUUUCCCAAGCGCCACAGACGUGUGCUGCUCGUUUCAGCCCAUCCGGACGAUGAGUGCAUGUUCUUUGGACCUACAAUCCUCUCGCUGUGUCGCCGAGAAGACUGUCAAGUGUACCUGCUGUGUCUGUCCAUCGGAGACCAUGAGCAGAGGGGCAAUGUCAGGAGAGAGGAACUCUUCCGUUCCUGCCAAGUACUCAAGAUGCGCCCAGAAAAUGUUACAAUUAUGAAUGUUACUGAGCUUCCGGAUGAUCCGGGAGCUGAAUGGAAGGUGAGCACUAUUGCCAGGCAAAUUGAGCAGAUGAUUGGUGCAUUGGACAUUCAAGCACUAAUCACAUUCGAUCGGGAUGGAGUCAGUCAGCAUCCCAAUCAUUCUGCCAUUUACUAUGCUGCCUCGUCGCUCUGCCUCACCGGAACAAUGCCAAAUAAUUGCAAAUUUUACACUAUCGAGUCAACGAAUCUACUGAGAAAGUACAUGUCAGUACUGGAUCUACCCAUAACACUCCUCCUCUCACGCAAUUGGUUCGUGCUGCGCUGGCGAGAUCGCAGGAUCAUUGUGAGGGCCAUGAAUGAGCAUCAGUCGCAGUUGCUCUGGUUCAGGAAGCUCUACGUCCUCUUCUCGCGGUACAUGCUGAUGAAUUCCCUGCGAGAGCUCAAUGUAUCGGACAUAGAACUGGAAAUGCAACUAGAUGACUCAUAAGGAUGUAACAUACUCUGUACAUUUUGUGUCUUUUUUCCAAGGAUUUAUUCCUCCUGCAAAAUAUAUUUUGUUUUCCCGCCAA